AUGGCCGCUAAGAUUACCUCUCUCAUCGCUCUCGCAGCUGUUGCUACUGCUGCUCCCAAUGGCGGCGGCGACUGGAAGAACCAGAACGGCGGUGGCUGGGGUGACCAGUGUGUGCCCAGCACUGUCACCAUUCCGGCUCCUCCUCCAGUCACCGUUACACCUCCCCCGGUCACAGUCACCAGUGUCAGCCAGCAGUGGUGCGAUAACAAGACCAUUACGCUGCCGGCUCCUCCCGCGGUGACUGUCACAAGCAAACAGUGGUGCGACGUUAGCACGAUCACUUCCACGACCACUUUGCCCGCGCCCCCUGCUGUUACAGUCACGGUCACCAGCAAGGGAUGGCAGGACGUGUCUACGGUCACGGUACCGACCACCAUCUACAGCACCGUCACAAGUAAGGCGUGGUGCGACGUCAGCACCGUCACUUCGACCUAUACUUCGACCUACACCGCUCCCUGCACCGCCAGCACCACUACCACGACUACAACCGGAUGGGUGCCUGUGGCGACAACGGGCUGGAAGAAUUACUAA